AUGUCUGCGCGGAUCGCGACUCGAUUCUUGACUCCAAAGCCGACCCUCGGAAGGUUCCCGUCAUCGGUCAUACAAGCCUGGUCAUGCCAGCAAUGCGUUCGGUGGGAUAAUAGCAGAAGAGUUGGAGGCCUGCUGCUGGAUAAUAAACGACUAUACCAUGGUACGAGCCCGCAAUAUGGGCAGACAACCGGUGGCGCGCAGGAGGGAGCUCCCAGGGUGAGCGGGAGGAAGCGAUCGAGAAAGGGGUUUCUACUGGCAGCUGCCACUGGCACGCUUGGAGGAACUUUGCUCUUCUUCUACGAUGAUGUGAAGCAUGCAUACCGAGCAGCAGAACGGACGGGAAGAGUUGUUGCAGCCUUGCUAGUCCUCGAAAAGAACGGCUCGAUAUUUAUCAAGCUGGGCCAGCAUCUAAGCAGCUUAGGCUACUUACUACCGCUGGAAUGGACCACAACCUUCAUUCCCCUGCAAGACAAAUGCCCCGUCUCAUCCUUUGAGUCAGUUCAGGAGAUGUUCCUGAGAGACACAGGCCACACGAUAGACGAAAUCUUCUCCAGUUUCGACCCUAUGCCCAUUGGAGCCGCAUCUUUGGCGCAGGUCCAUGUGGCUGUUCUGCGAGAAACAGGCCAGAAAGUUGCUGUCAAGGUGCAGCAUCCUACCCUGCAGGAGUGGGCUCCCUUGGACCUGAGCCUUACACGCUUCACUUUCUCGUCACUGAAGCGAGUGUUUCCAGAAUACGAUCUUGAAUGGCUGGCCAGGGAGAUGGAUUUCUCAUUACCCCAGGAACUGGAUUUCCAAAUGGAGGCUGAGAACGCAAGAGUGGCCCGUGAAUACUUCAGCAAAAGGACCAAUGCACCACUCAUUAUCCCGAAAGUUAUUUGGGCUAAGAAACGCCUUCUGGUAAUGGAGUUCAUAUCAGGCCAUCGGCCUGAUGAUCUGGAGUUUCUUGACUCCAAUAACAUUGACCGUGAUGAGGUAUCAGCUUCACUAGCUCACAUAUUCAACGAAAUGAUCUUUGGUGAUGGCGCGCCUUUGCACUGUGAUCCUCACGGAGGAAACAUUGCAAUAUGCAAAAACAACACAAGGAAGCGCGGACCUAAUUUCGAUAUCGUCCUAUAUGACCAUGGCCUAUAUCGAACCAUUCCCAAGGAAAUGCGUAUCAACUACGCCAAACUCUGGCUUGCUGUGAUCAACGCAGAUGAAAAGGAGAUGCGAAAGUACGCUUAUGAAGUUGCCGGUGUAACCGACGAAGAGUUCCCUCUGUUUGCAAGCGCUAUUACCGGGAGAGAUUAUACGGUCCUUGCACAGAACCAAGUUGCAUCCUCUCGAUCAUCGGAGGAGAAAGAAUCCAUCACCACUGCUUUGGGAGACGGCAUGUUACAGGAAUUAGUCAGUCUGCUAGGCAAAGUUCCCCGAAUCAUGCUUCUGAUCCUAAAAACAAACGACCUUACCAAAUAUGCUACUUGCGCUGUCUUCUCGCAAGAAAUGGAACUCAUCUCCCAGCAAGGAAGCAUAUUCUGGCCACCAAACUUCCUCCGCUUCCUGCAGGCAUGGGUUAGUUAUCUUCGUGUCGAGAUAAAGCUGGAGAUCUACGAGCAUUGGCUCUCGUUACGUAACCGACUCGGUUUAACGAAUCACUGA